AUGUUGUCCCUGAUCUUGUAUCCUGCCUGCGGUUCGGUUUUGCUCACAGUGCCGGCUCAGUUCAUUCCGGGGAGAACGGGUGCUGGACUUCUAAUCCUCAACGGGUUCACAUUUUACAUGAAAAAUCACCAAGCACACGGGAAGAAGCAGUGGUAUUGUUCCUCAAGAGACGUCCAUGGCUGCCGAGCUGAUGUCAUCACGUAUAAAGGUAUUUACUACCUCCCAUCACACAGAACCGGCAGCAUGGUGUUGAUAUACAACGACAACAAGUAUUGGAUCAACAACCGCUACCAGAACACUAUCAACUGGACUUGUAGGGAUCGGAAACGGCUUGGAUGCAACAGCUGUGUGCAAACCACCAUUGAAGGAAGGUACCUCAAGCAUAAAGGUUUCCACAACCAUGAGGAUAAUUAUACCAAGUACAACUUCAAUGAUUGAUGUCGAGGACUACCUACUUUGGCCAGUGAUUAUUUCUGUUGCAGACUGUUCGUAGAGUUCACCUGUACCUUUAGUACGAGUUUGCUUUACGUUUAACGAAAUCGAAACGAGAACGCGUUCGGCGCUCUGAUUGGCCGGCCUUGUUGAGCCAACCAAUUGAAACGCCGAACGCUAUCUCGUUUCGUUUUCGUUCUGUAUUCUCUUUGCUUUUAUAUAUAUCAUUCCUCUUAUUUUUUAGCAAAGACAUUAAAUUCAGGUGGUUAUUGAUUAGCUAUAUUAUACGACAAAUAUUUAUAAAUAAAUACCUAUACUCUAAUAAAAAUGUAUAUCUGCCUGUCGCGAAUGCGAAUUUUUGUUAAGUUUUGAAACUUAAUAACUAGUCUUUUUGGAUACUGAAUUUUUUCUGUACUUUGAUAAGGUACUUAAUUAACUUUGUCUAAACUUUAUAUUUUUUGUAAAAACGUACAUAAUUGUACCUUGUAUCUAGAUUAUAAAAAAGGGCUUGCAGAUUUUCCCGCGUAAACUGGGCAGGCGCCAUUUUUUAUACUGGCCUCAGUAGUUGCAUAGAUAAUAUAAUUUCGCAUUUAUCGUACAUAUUUAAUUAGGUAAAGGAUAUAUUAUAUAGGUAAUUUAAAACUGUUAUAAUGACUAGGGAUAAAAAUAUAAUACUUUGUCAAUGAAUACUUAAUGAAACAAUAUUUUUAUUUUUUGUCAGCCAUAUAGGUAUUAGCGGCUCAAAUAGAGUGGAAAGGUGGUUUAUUUAGGUUAUAAAAUUGGUGUAAUUUCCUAUGCCCGCCCUAUUUCAGUUGAAUAUUUAUUAUGGUAGCAAUAUAUAUUUUUUUAAAUUAUUAAACAGAUAAUUCAUGUACAUACUACAAUGUGCUGCAAUAGGGAAGAUAGCAAUGUUUUUAUUAUUCGUCGGAUACAUGCAAAAUUGAAAUGUCAGUACGUUUUGCGUAACAAUCCCUUACACCUUACUUCAACAGAAAUUUGGUUUUUUUUUCAUAUUUUUUUUUUCUCUGAUUGUAAUCUUACUUCUGAAGGAUUUAAUAAAUAUAUCUCAUAUUUCAUUCCCACUCAUCAUCCCCAAUAUAAGUACGUUUAAAUCUACAUAAUAGGUAUUAUACAAAUUAGAUUUUUGUAAAUACGCCACCUAGUGGCCUUUAGACGCAAUCAAUCAAGUAAUUAGUUCGUUUAUGUAACAAAAGAUGGCGUGAGUAGUUAGAAAAAAUAGAUGCGUGUGCUCAUAUAAGAUUGGAUUUAUAAUAACGUAUACAUACAUAUUUGUAUUUAGAUUUUUAUAAAGUUAUAAUAUUAUAGUUAUAUCAAGUUAUACUAAAUUACUUAAAUAUUUAGAUGAAAUAUCGCAUCCAUGUACGUAAUUAUUAGUAAGUAAAUACCUAUAUACAUGAAAACUAAAUAUUAUCUUAACUAGUCAUAAUGUUUUCCUUCUCAAUGAACAUGUGUGCCAAAUCGUUAUUUAAAAAAAAAGUUUACAUAAAUCAAUUGAAUUGUAAUUGUUAUUCUAUUUUUUUUUUUAUAUACUUUAUACUGAAAGUAGUUUCGACCUCAUAUAGUGAAAGGGUACUUAAUUAUAAGGUACCUACUUAUAUUAAAUACUUCGUUAUUUUUUAUAUUUAUUAUUUUUUUCGUAUACCUAAAUUAAGUUCUGUUAAAGUAUACUCAAAAGACGGUAUUCAUUCCAGUGUGAUUUUUUAGAAUACUUAUAUUUCUAUAUAUUUUUUUUGUUUUUUUUUUCUGGUAAGACUGUAGCUUUUGUACUUAUGUAUCGCGUAACUAUAAUGUUGUUUUUUGGCGAAAUAAAGACAAACCUGAAACUUUGUUUAUUUUAUUCUUCUCUAUCUGUAAUUUUGAAAAAAUGUAAUAUUUUUCAUGUCUCUGUAUUGUAAUUACCGUGAGACGUACUAAUUAUAUUUUAUAGCUCACUCACGUAACUGUUGGUUGAAAGACGCGUCACCGCUUCUCUCACGCAAUGCUGCUCAUGAAUAUAAGCCCCGGCGUAACCCGAAACUAGUCGAGUUACCACGUAAAACAGUUUCAUGAGUGAACUGUAAAAUAUAAUUAAAAAUGCCAUCAUUUGACCUUCCUUUUUUAAUAUUUGUCCUUCCAGCGGUGUACGUUACUUCAAAAAAAGGCGCCACUUUGCUAAUGCUUGAGGACUAUAGUUAUACCAUGGACACAAAUCAUACUAAGGAUGGUAAAAGAUGGAGAUGUUCCAAGAGGACUUCAAGAAGAUGCUAUGCUUUCGUCAUCGUUAAUGGCGGAUUGAUCGUGAGACGUCAUGGUCUUCAUAACCACAAACCUGAUGACUAUCAGUUGAGGAACGGGGUUUAUUAUAGGCCAAAUGAAUGUGUCACUGGUUUGGUUAAUAUUAAUGGUAUAUUUAGUAGGUAGUAGGUUUUAUUUAGGUAGUCAGUCUUACUGUUCUUUGUUGUCCAUGUUUGUGAUAUGAGAUACGUCUUCAAAGGGCUAAAAAAGGAAGCUAAAGGAAGAAAAAUAUAUUUAGUUGAACCAGAUUAUUAUAUUUAUUAAAAUUGUAGACUAACUUGUACAACUAUAGGUUUAUUAAAAUGAUUGGAUUUGAAUUUUAUUUGGUUAUUUUUAAUCUUAAGUUUAGUUCCUACAUAGGAUAGUUAAUAAGUUUAAAAAAGAAUGAAUAAAUCUAUUCUACAAGCAUUGUUUAUCUUAUUUUUAAUCGUCACGUGGUUUUACUUAAAAAUGAAACAUUACAUAUAUUACAAUUUGAGUUAAUACUGUACGUAUGUAACGAAAUCGAUGUAAUUUCUUUCACGGCUUUUGAUUUUGUAAAUAGAACUUGUAGAGCAAAUUACUAGCUUAUGAACGGUCUGCUGAUGAAAGGGUUUGUAUUCCAGUGUCCUGCAUAAACCUGGUUGGGGGCAAGUGCUUGAUCAGGUACAAACGGUACACGUAUGGUACCCAUUGCAGGUUGAAACAUGGGGACCGGUGGAGGUGCAACCAGUACGUUCAAACUGGAUGCAAGGCCCAUUUAGUAUUGGAUGAACGUCUGAAUGUCCUCAAAAAGAAUGAUGUCCACCACCAUGCUCCUCCAUUGUAUUUGCGCAGAAUUGAUGGAUUGUAUGCUAAAGUUGAGAAGGGACCCAAUAUAUCUGCAAUACCAGUUAGCUAUUUGAAAGCUGCUUACAAAGACUACGUUAAAAAGGUUUCUGAAAUGACACGUACACGUUAAUACUGGUUAUUGCGUAGUUUUGACCUGCUUACAAGAAUUUUUCGAAAUAGAAUUUGCUAUCAAAAUAUUUAGACUUAACUAGUAGUUAUACACUUCGUCUAUGUCUACAUAAAUGAUAUUUAAAUACUUAAAAUCAUUAGAAAAUAGAGUUUUCUAUUUUGAUUUGAAUGAUUUAUGAUAUGAUAUUACUUAUACUAGUUAUAUUAUAAGUGUAAGUUAACGCUUUAGUUGUAGUGUUACAUCCUGUGAUCCUUACUCUAGUCAGUUUACGUCCAAAUCAGUAUUAUUUUUUUUACAUAGUAGGUAUUAUAAGCUAAAAGCCAAAGCUAUUUAAAAAUAUUUUCAUGAUGAUCUCUCAAUGUCGUAGUUUUUAAUAUUAUAUUAAUCUAUAUAACAUUUGAAACGGACUUUUCAAUUAAUGCUUAGAUUAGAUCUUGUCUUGUGAUAUUUUACGAAAAAAGAAAUCGGUGGAAGAAUGCCUUAUCGCAUGUGGCUUACGGAGUAAUUGACAUAAUUGUAUGUGAUGUGAUAAUUGAAAAAUCCGUUAUUAAAGUAACUAUUAAGUAUACGAAUUUGGAAUUAUUAUAUUAUUGAUAAUAAUAAUCUAUUAUAAUAUGCGCCCUACAUUCACUUGGUUUUAGCCCGUGAAUGCAGGUAGCUAGCCUAGAGCUGAGAAAAAUGGCUAAUACUUACCCAAAAAUAAUAAUCUAUUACUUAUACAAUAUAUCAUAAUCGUCAAAAUAAAUAAUUAUGCUAUAAUAAUACUCUUAUCUGUGUAUAUUUAGAAACUAACGUAUUAUACAAUUUUAUUAUAUUGUAAGUACUUAGUACUGACUUCUAGUCAUUUUACUUCACUCUUUUGUGAAAAUUUUAUUGAUAUUAAUUAGAGAUUGGAAUAUUAGACUGUUUUUUCGAAUUUUUGGAUAUAUUAUGGUAAUAUAUGCACUGUAUUCGGUGUCUAAUAUUUGUACCUAAUCGACGGUUCAAGUUUGUGUGCGUGUCGGCAUGAAUGUGAUCGAUUUUAAAUCAGAAUUAGUAACUAUGUGCGAUCAUAAAAAGUCCUUAUUAGGGUUAUCUAAAUAGCUUAACAUCAGUGCCUCGUGUGAUGUUUAGACCAACAGAGAACUAAAUUGUUAAGGACAUAAAGUGACACUAGCGCCAUCUAGCCAACGCAAAAACGCACCAAAAUUUGCGAAAACCGCCUGAAGGAGCCGACAGAUUAUAUUAAUAUAUUAAUGUAUUUUAACCAGCAUUUAAUGUUUUAAAAAUAACUCAUUUGUGAUGUCUAUAUCGUAGUGAAUGCAAUAAAGAAUAUCAAAUCGGUAAACUUGUAUGAUUUUUACAAAGCUACUUUUUAUAUCUGACCAAGUAGUCUAUUAUGGUUACAAUUUUAAACCUUAUUGUUUUGCAAUUAAGUUGCAAUUUUAAUGUAUUCAUUUUGGAAUAGGAUGAAGUGAUGCCAUCUUAAGGUCUUGUCUAUACUGAAAUGACAAUAGUUUAAAGCAAAAUUGGCACACUAGAGGUUACCGUCUCCACUACAGAUGGGGUACCAGUAAGGGAUGCCCGAUCCGGAGCGACAGACAAUCUAACAGGGGCCUUAGUCUGCUAGUUAUGCUGCUAGAGACGGAGUUAUACAACCUACAUAGCUCCGUCCCUCUUGCACUGCUCAGUGAUCGACCAUUCUGACACAAUUGUAAUAGCAGACUAAGGCCCCAGGUUACCGGGGUUCCGGCUCAAAGCAGGAGUAGGAAUGGGUUCGUCUUUACUCAGUAAGAGUCUGACACUCUCUCACCUCUAGGCGAUAACUAUUGAUGAAAACAUGUAAAAAUCCAUAUUAGUAUAUUGGUUUUUGAUGGUUUCAUUGUAUUUAUGUAUAUAUUUUAAUGAACGUUUUUUGUUUCAGUCUUGUUUAUGGAAACCAUUUUUGAAAAAAAAUUAGCUCUUUAUAGUAAGUACGCUUACUUUCUGCAACAUAAAUUACAUUCUGGCAGUGCACCAAACUUUACCCCCGACAGUGCAAAUCCAAAUUUUUAAUGGAUACAAAAGGAAAAAUCGUGAAUAUUAAUGAAAAUCACUCUCAUACCCCUUUACAAUAUGUUCAGAAUAAAGAUGGGUUGUAUAUUAAGCUAGAAGUUGGAGUAAAGUAAUAAAGUGACUUAAAAUGUUUUAAAUACCUACGUGUUUUUUUUUUAAAUAUUACAAAUAUUCUUAAAAGGAAAGGAUUUAUUUUCUUUUGUUACUUGUGGAUAACCAUAUUGAGUAAAACAAGACAGAGUGUGGAAUUCAGGUUUAAUUAUUAAUAAUAAAUGGUUUAAUGUUAUUUUUAUUUAAUUCUUUGCUUUCUUAUAUUAUGUGUAUGUUGAAGCUCAACCCGGUGAACGUCAACUUCUGAAAGCAUAAAACUAAAUUGACUACAAAUACCCCUAACUUGAUCGAUCAACGUAGACGUGAAGGAAUGAAAGAAAAAAUUAAAGAAAGAUGAACUACAAGCAAUUGUAAAAUAAAGCCAAUAAUUUUUUAAUAGAAAAACAUGCAAUAAGUACUCGGCAAAUAAAAAAAUAACUUUAUAUGAUUUUAGAUUAAAUGUAAUGAAAUUUAUUAUAGAGCCUCAUUUUCCUCCGGAUUUGCGACUUCCAUUGGGGACAAAUGUUCAUUGCAUUAUGAAAUUACAAAAAGACACAAAAGGUAAAACCAAACGAAGAAGAUGCUUCUACUGCUGGACAACGAAGAAAAAAAGGGUACAAACAUUGUUUACUUGCGACAAAUGUCCCCGACAGCCAGGCUUGUGCUUAGAAUGCUUCAAACCGUACCACAAAUAUUAAUUGUGCGAACUGCUAGGGAGUGGAACUCCUUGCCGGGGUCUGUGUUUCCUGAUGGGUAUAACCUGGGUGUCUUCAAAGCCCGAGUGAAUAGGUUGCUUAUGGGCAGACGUGCUCCAUCGUAGGCCGCAUCAUCACUUACCAUCAAGCGAGAUAGCGGCCAAACGUCGGCCCAUUUAACAUAAAAAAAUAUAUUCAGUUUUAAUUUCCAAGUAUGCUAAAUGAAAGACCAUUUAAAGAUUUUUUUUUUACUACAUAUAUCAGUCUCAUUAUUAUAUGUAUAGUGGACUACAAUAUUAUGAUUGUUGAUGAUGUUAAUAAAUGUUUUUGUAAAGCAAAUCAGUCUCAAUAUUAUGUAAGUAGUGGAACACAAUAUGAUUCAUUAUUAAUGUCUUGAAAAACUGAAAAAAUUAUAUACAUAUAUGACAUAUGUAUAUUAUAUUAUAAUCACAGCCAGAUUUUCAUGGUUAUGUUAUGUGUAUGUAUAGAUUGCUUUAUAUACCAGUUAUUAAAAAAGAUGGUUACUUAAUUCCUAUAUUAAAGAAUAGGUACUUAAUAUAUGGGUACUUCUACAAAAGUUGGGCAACUUGAUGUCAUCAGUCGAUAUAAGAAAUAUUUUAGUAUAUUUUGUAAAUAUUUCUUUAUAUUUCAUUUUAUCUAGGUCACUUUAAGCUGUCCACUCAAUUUUAGUUUUAUUUUUAAUAUAAGUUAUAAAAAUAACGUAAUCGAUAAGUCAAAAUCAUCAGUACCUUGGCUUGUCACCAUUCCCAAUUUACACCACAUAUUAAUUUUUUCUCGAAAUGUAUACAAUUUAUAAUGAAUCUUACCUCUGAAUUACAAACUUAGACAUAUCUAAUAAUCUAUAUUAGAUCAAUUUAAAAUAGAGUUAAAACAAUAAUAGUAUAAAAUUUACGUUUAUACGUUGUCUUCACUUUUACUCGUCAGUUCCGUGUGCAAUAUUAACAUUCGAAAUUCCCGCGAAACAUCAAUGCUCAUACGUCAAGGUCAUCGCUCAGUAAAGUAUAGGUGGUGAAGUUAUCUACAGAUGCCAUUUUGUCCCGCGCCGCGAUUUCAAAAACAGUGAGCAGGCUGCGGCGUACGCACGUGUUGUUCCAGUCAAGACUUCAGUUCCGUGGUGAGUAAUUAUUUCUCUAUUAUUAUAUAUUUUCCUGCAGUUUAAAUAAGGUAUACUUUGUUAUAAUGUUGCAUCUUACUAACAAAAUUUACCCGUAAAAACGAUACUUUGAAUUAUAACCUAGAAUUUGUGUCCUAUUCAUCAGUACCGUGUCGUCAGUUCUAUGUCCGAUGCUUCGACACGGAACUGAUGAUUUUAAUGCCAGGGCCUUUAAAUUUGGAUAGAUAUCGUAGGUAUACAAUAUGUUUCAUAAUUUCAGAUAAAAACACCAUGGCACCUACAAAUAAAAAACAAAAAUUAAGUAGAGAAGAAAUUUUGCAAAAAAAAAGGGAAGCCGAAAAGGCCCGGUUGAGUAGAAUAAGAAAUGACCCUGUUAAAUUAGCGGAAUACAAGGAAAAAGAACGCUUAAGAUAUUUAAAAAAAAAAGAAAAGGGGCAAAGAAAAAGUAUAAAAGAUAUGACACCGCGGGAACAACGUAUAACGAGAAAAAACUGGAAAGGGUAUGCUAAAGAUUACCGACGGAAACAAUAGUUUAACCGGAAUAUGGAUAAUUUUAUCCGGCAAAACUCACCCCCAUCCACCGGCGAUGAAACUGAAGAUCUUGCAAUACAUGUUAACAGACCUGCAGCUGAUGGCAUUGAAAAUCAAAGAGCCUUAGAAGCCAAAAGAAGAAGCUUAAGGCAACGAAAACGCAGAAACAAGCAAAUAAAAAAAAUGAAUGAUGUUAUUGCAAAGCUUAAAACUAAACUAAACAGUCAGCGUCAGAAGUACAAGCGUGUGAAACAACAGUUGAAAAAAGUAGUUAAAUCCGCAGAAAAAACACCUAAAACUAGAAUCGAAGCAAUGAGUGAAGAUGUGGCGAAAAAGCGAGAAUUAGUGAAAAAAGCUCUUUUUGGAGAAGUCAUGAAAAUGCAACUAGAAGAAAACUUUGCAAAAACUAGGAACUACAAAGAUAAAGCGGAAUUCAGAAAAGUGAUAUCUGGAAAAGUGGUUGAUAACUAAAAGUUUUUGUUAAAUGAUUAAUUUGUUCAUAACUAUUAAUAUUUAUACUGUCUAUUACUAAGGAAACUUACUCAGUAUUAAAUACGUUUUCAGUAAGACUGCUUAAAGAUUACUUGUAGUAUCUAAGCAAGAAACGUGAAUUUUGUUACAUGUACACUAAGUACUUAAUUAGUUUAAAUGUCAUUUGAUUUAAAACAAUGUGCCAUUAUAAAAUAUUAGUUUUGUAUUCAAUAUAUCUAAAAUUUUGUAUGAAUUGUGUGUUUUAAUCAGUUCCAUGGGAACCUCGUCAGUUCCCUGGCAUUCAAAUUUACAAAAAUCGAAAUAUCUCAAAAACUAAUUGCUAAAGUGUCUGGCCUGAUUCAAAAUCGUAUCAAUGGUUAUCUUACCUACGUCCUAAUAAUAAAAAACUGUUUAUUUUUCAUCAAAAACUUAAAAAGCAAAAUGAGGGUAAAAUUUGUCCAACUUUUGUAGAAGUACCCAUAUAAUUAUUAUACUCUUAAUCACAGUUUAUAUUCCCAAAUCUGAUUGUCACAUCUCCCUUUUUUGUAAUCAAUAAAAAUGAUUUUGUCUUAAUCUUUGUCUUUUAUUUCAAUCUUCAUACUGUCGUAUUGUGCGAAUUAAUUUUUCAUAGCAUUCUAAUCGCCUGUUUGCGGGCACAUUUCUAAGUCUAAAAGUACCUAAGCAUUAUACCCAAAUCACGCUCGAACAGGGCGUAAAUUGGAGGUAAUUCGUUUUCUGUAUUCAGUUCGGCUUUUAAAUCUUGUGCAAAUAAUGCGAUAAAAUAUUUCUUGGCGGCACAUCAUGCAGGAUUCAUUUUGGUUUCACUUAAAGAAUCAUUAUUUCGUGGCAUUGGCAAUUUAUCUAUUUUCAAUUUCUUUGCAACACAUUCAUCAGAAACAGUAAUUUCAUCAAGGCUGUUGUCUGUUGAUUCUGUGUCUAGACAAGUAGUUUUCCUUUCUGGCGUUUAAUGUGGUAAGUACUUCUCACUAAGAAAUAAUGGUUAAUAGGAGAUGCUUAUGUUUGGGAGAGUGCUUCCUAAAGUUUAGUGUUUAACAAGGAAUGAAUCAAAGCUAGUUUUAUAGACAUGUAAAAUUCACUAGGGUUUAAAAUAUAUCUUUACGCUACCGUAGUCUCAACGAUUUAAUCUCUAGCUUUACUAAGAAACAACGUCAAUUUUUAUGGUCUUAGCAAUUUCUCGCUAAUUGUCUGGAGUCUUAAAUCUAUCUCUACUAAUUAAACAAUAAAAUAGUUAUUACAUUUACAAAUUAAUUAUGUGAUAAGGUGUAACAUUUCAGUUGACAAAAGCAAUGUUUUCAGUGCUCCUGGUGAAAGGAAGGACCGGGAAGGAUUUGCUGAUGAUGGAAGGGUACACUUACUACAAACACAAGAUUAUGAGGGACGGCUUCCGAUGGAGCUGCACGCAGAUGGGCUCGAGGUCAUGCAGAGGAUUCUUACACGUGAACCACGACAUGUUUGUGCUCAGGGCCUUCACUGAACACACUCAUCCCCCACCUUGGAAGAUCAAAAAAUUUAAAAAGAAUAAGGAUACAAAAGGAUUUAACAUGGGCAAGAAAUUAUGGAACCCUCUUCCGUGGAAGAUUAGUAGCAUCCAAGGUGGUGCGAAUUUCUGAUAAAGGAAUGUCUUCAAACAUUAUGUUUGAAAAAUAUAUUAAGAAGUUGAUUAUACUGAAUAGGAUUGUUCAUGAAAUUCUCUAUUUCUGUUGAUAUCUAUUUCAUAAUUUAUCUGCUAAUUUCAUAUCUGUGGCCCUAGUGAACAAGGGUUUAAGUUAAAUUUUCUCGAAAAUGAGUUAAUUAUACCAUAAUGGUCAAAAA